GAAGCUUUGUUUAGUGUGUAUCCUAUAUACGUUGUUUACGAUCAGUGUGAAAGGAAGUGUAUGUCAUAGGGAGGGCUCAACUCAAAAGUUGUAUGGUUACAUAAUAGUCUGGGGGCAGGGGAGGAGCGCUGGUGAGAGCGAGUGUGGCUGCCUUCAAGUGCUGUCGGAAAUACCGGAGGCACGUGAGCGCACUUAAAUGACCCCGAAAUUGUGAUUCACUCCUAUGAAAGAGGAUGAUUUAUGCUGCCAAGAUGGGACACUUCUUGGAGGUGGAGAGCAUGGAAGUCCUGCAAGCAGUUGACUUUAAAAGCAUGCCUAAGGAACAGCCUUGCCUGAGUGAGUGUGGCCCUUGCACAUCCAGCAAGAAUGCUAAAGAUAAGAGCAACAGCACCACUCUGCUGGCCCUACGUGGCGCUGAAGACACGGAUGACUCCAGUGGAAGGGGCUCCCGCUGCAGUUCAGAAAAAGAUUCUGGUUACUCUGAUAACAGCUCAGACUGGCAGCAAACCGAUGCAGAGGACCGGCACAGCAGCAAAAGCCAGCCCAGAAAUGCUGACCACGGGGAAGCUGCACAGCCAGGCCAGGGCCCAGGGCAAGGCAGGGCUAAGGAACCCCCUCUCCUCCCAGUGAAUCCUGUCCCGAUGCCAGGGCGUCGUGAGCUCACACCCAUCUACAUUAUCAAGAAUGUGGUGCUCAAAAAGCCGGACAUAAUCCAGAAAAGAGGUCAGCUGCUCUGGGGAAACAGCAAAGAGGAGACCAGCAGCUCUGGUGCCACUCAUGUGAUCCUGCUGCAGAAGCCCAGCAUCGCCCCAGGCCUGCCUGCCACCAUUCAAAUCCACAAGACCCAGACUCGGAAGACCAACACAGGAAGGAAAAUAAAUGGCACUUACUUGCCCAUCCUCAACUCCUACCCCCGGAUUGCCCCUCACCCCAGCAAAAAGCCACCAGAUAAGACUUCAUCGAGCGAGGACUCCCAGAACCUGAGCAAGCGGGUGUGUACUGAACACAAGAGCGAUAACUCACUGAUCACCAGCAGUCGACUUGAGCAACAGCUCAGCAAGCAGCCUGAAUCAGCAGUUUUAACUCCUGGGCUGCCAGGCCCAUGUUCCCAUUCAAGCAGUGAAAGCCAUUCCUCUUCCAGUCCCACUAUCAUCUCUUCUAGUCUGAAGUCCCCGUCUGUCUCCAAUGUGUACACCUCCUCCUUCCUAGCAACCAGAGGGCCUCAUAGAAACAGCUCUUCCAGUGCCCGCCACUGCCGUUUCCUCAACACGGUAGAAAUCCUUAGGCAGUCAGGUUUGUUGGACAUUACCUUGCGUACUCAGGAGCUGCUGCGCCAGAGCAAUGCCACACAACGUGACAUUGUCCAGCUGCGCCAGCACACCCAACUACUAUGCCAGGCUGCCAGCAACCCUAACGGCAGCCUGGAUGGUAACACGGCCUGGAAAAAUCUCCACCAAGCCAUGAGAGAGUCUGGCAACUACCCCAGCCUCAAGAUCCUGCAAAAUGAGCAAUUCCCUUUUCAUCCCGAUUCAACAAGUCAUCCAGAGAGUGGUGCUGUAUCAGAAAGCAACAGGCCAACUGUUUCUGAAAACUCAGACGUGCCACCAUCUCCCCUUCCCAACCCCAUGCCAGACUCAAGCCAGAGAUGCCCUUCGCCACAGCAGCCGCAUGCACAGCAAGGCAGGGAGUGCAAGGCCAGUGGUAAACCCUCAGAGAAAGUAAUCAUAAUGCCUCCUGACAGUUCCACUGGUGAUGAUGUUCUCUAGUGCCUUUGAUGGGGAAAAACGAGUAUUCAGGGCUGGCCAGUGGGAACCCAGAGACCCUAAGAUUUCAUUGUUUAAGGUUAUUUUCAGUUGUGUUUGAUUUUAAUGGUUAAGGCCCAGUUUGAUAGGGAUGACACAACAUUUCCCUGUAGGUCAAUACAAUGAUAGAAUGAUAACUAGUUUUAGUAUCCAUUGUAUGUGUUUCUGUCCAUUAAUUAAAAAAUCUAUGUCUGCUUGCCCAUUGUACUUAAUUGUGAUCCUGAUCCCUGACCAUGUGCUCACACAGGGAGUUACUUUGUCACCAAAUGUCACCAAGACACUUAGCAGCUGCCUCUGGCUGUCUCUGGCCAAACCGUUAGGUGUCACAAUUGGACUUUGAGGAGCUGAAGUCAGUGAUAUGUGCAUCAUAUGUUCUGCUGUAAGAAUCUCUUUUACAGCAAAAGAACAUAUGAUGCACAUAUCUUGCCUCUGAUUGGCAGUCACUACACACCUGUAUAAAAUUUAAAUUUUCUCAACUUUUCUGUGUGGGGUAGUCAGUGAGAGCUUGUUGUCCACUGUUUCGCUGUCCACUGUCACAUCAUGUUUGAAAUGAAUGACCAGUUGUUGCUUACAGCAACAAAGUGGCUCCCUGUUUGAGUGCACAGUGAAAAACAUUUAUGUGCAAUGUAAUCCUCAAGCCCUUUCUAAUAUCACCAUUGCAAUCUUUCAUUGAGAAAAAGAAAGUCUAUGCUUGUGAGCCAGUAAUAGAAUUUAGAUAAAUCAAACCAUCUUUCCCCAGGAGAUUCAAGGACUUGGCUUGUACACUGACAGCUAUUAUACAUUGUUAUCAUCAAAUUAUCUUUCAGCUGUCAGCUCAGAUCAGUUUCAUUCAGGGUAAAGAUGAAUAAAGCCAUCACUUAAUGGAAGUUGACAAAUUGUUUGUUUCCAUUACCUUGCUUCAUAUCAAAAGAAUUAGCCUUCCAAACAAGGAUGUUAAAUAAGGUUGGUUUUAGUGCCAGCCUCAGAGACAUUGCUGAACACUGAGGACCCUGGAGGAAUGGCACCUGAAGGGAAAAGGAAAUGGUGGAGGCCAAAAGGUGCGCUUCAUGUUGCAGGGAGGACCUCAUAAGAACAGACUGCACUACACUGGAUUUCUGUCAAGACUGUUAUCCAAAUGCUUUUCAGCUAAGCCUUAAAAACUCUUUUCACUCGUCAACUUUUUUCACAACAAAGGCACAUUUUAAUGUGUGUGAGAGGAAAUAUCAAAUUGAAAUUUAUUGGGGGGUUUUUUGUUUGUUUUUUGGGGGGCUUCACAAAUGUAACUUCACACAUUUUGAGCAGAAGCAGUUCAGUACAAGUAAUUUUUUACUAUAUCCUCAUAUGCCGCAGCUUUAUUUUAUCUAGAUUGACUUUCAUGAUAUUUUAUUUUGCACCAAGCCACAAAUUAGUGGUGUUCUGGUCAUUUUAAUUAUUCAUUAGAUGGACCACAGUUAGCACUGUACUUCUGAGCGAAAAAAGGGCAUGUAGGUUUGUAUUAGUGUAUGAUGUGGUGGUUACCGUGUAUGUGGUAUGUGAUUUCUUUUUCAAUUUCCUUUGCGCUUUAUGUGUGAUAGCACUGCCAACAAUGCACACAUUUUACUGGGUAUUUUACUGUUGGAUGACAGUAAAUAAACAAUAAAAUGGUUUAUAC